AUGUCGGCAUCCAUCUGUACAGACUGCCUGGCAAGGCUUCGAAUCACCAAGCACCCUUUAACUUUCACUUCUCUCACCAAGACCCAUGCCUCGCCUUUCCACAGCUCCCCUGCCCAGUACAAGUCGCCUUUACUAAAGAAGAAGGUGAUGGAUCCCAACAAAACCGUUGCAAGUCGCAGAGCGACUGGUGUCAGGCUGAAGAAGAAAGUCAGACAGAAAAUCAAUAUCCCGGCUGUGGGCGAAAGAAGAGCCGCUCGCAAGCGCAUCGUCCUCAGUAACACCAAUGCCCUAGAAGUCUAUGGCAUGGAGACCCUGAGUGUAGAGACUAUAGGUCAAGAGGAAUCUCUUGGUCGCAUGAUGGCCUUCCCCGGCGAACUACUCGAUCAACUGCGCGAUAGCCAGGCGUUCAAAACCACACAGAAUUGGAAUUUGUUUCGACGGCCUGCGACGAUGAUCAGGUCCGAGACACUUGACAUUGCUAAAAAUGUAGAAGAGGUGGAUAAGAGAGAGGGAAAGAAUGUCAAGUAUCUGGUCACGGGUGAGAGAGGUUCCGGGAAGAGUAUUCUCAUGCUUCAGGCCAUGUCCAUGGCCUUCAUGAAGAAAUGGGUGGUCCUUAGUAUUCCUGAAGGCCACGAAUUCACGAACAAUACCUCGUUCUAUGCCCCUGUUCGGAAAACCUCCCCGUCUUCCCAAGACGAGAACUCUCUGCCCGGUGAGCAACUUUACAAUCAAUCUCAUUUGGCACAGGCGCUUCUCACUCGUGCCGCGAAUGCAAAUCAGAUGGUCCUGUCCACUUUGAAAUUGAAUCAUCUUGAACAACAUCUGCAGGACUAUCCCAAGCUUCGGAUCAAGCCAAAGGCCACUAUGAGAGACAUCGCCCUCCUCGGUGCUCAGGACGCUACCAAUGCAGUCAGUGCCUGGAAAGUAUUCUGGAAGGAGCUCAAUACUGCGGGAAAUAACCCUCGACCCCCCGUCCUCGUCGCCGUCGAUGGAGUCGACCAUUGGUUUGGCUUGACCAAGUAUCGCAACGCCGACUAUAAUCUCAUUCAUGCUCAACAAUUCACACUCAUAAAGCAGCUCACCGAUCUAUUCUUCUCAUUGCCCAAGACACCAUCUCCGCUCCUGAACGGGGGUCUACUCCUCUACACAACGUCAGGGUCCAACAGCCCCAAGUUCCCAUCAUUCGAGGCCCUGAUCGAACAGAUCCAGGCGACCGAGAGAGGGGUGAACCCCAAGUCGCCCGAAUUCCCACUGCAGGAUCCAUACAGCAAGCCUGACGUGCGGGUGACAAGUCUUGUCUCGCGAGCGGGCGGCAUCAGUCUUUUGGAUGUCAAUGGAACGAGCCAGUUUGAAAGUAGAGGGAUCCUGGAUUACUUUGCCCGCAGUGGAUUGUUGCAGAAGCCUUUGUCUGAACAGCUGGUGUCGGAUUUCAGGCAGCUCAGUGCGGGGGGGAUUAUUGGAGAGCUGGCCAAGCUUGGUGCGAGAGUUAAAGCAUAA